CGGGACGGCAAUAUGCUAGAGUUGCUCUAAUCCGUGCGGCACGCGCAUGCUACGACACGCCGACACGGCCGCGCGCAUGCACGCAAGACGUGAAACAGCUACAGCGACACGUAUCGCCCCGCCUAUCGGUGUGGCUGCUUGGAGCGGUGGCCGCGUGCUGUCCCGGCCGCCGCCGUAGCAUACUACGUGCCGCAGUCCAAGGCCUCCGGACCGUCCCGACCCGGUCUUAAAAGCUCCACCGCGGCCGAUCGUCAUCUCCGCGUACCACUACCUGCAAUCACCUUCUCGAUAUCCUGCGUUCUUGUAUACCGGUAUACGUGCUCGGCGUGCGUGCUAGCUAAGCUAGGUGCUGAACGACAUCGGCCGGCUGCCAUGGGGCGUGGCGACGGGCACGACGACGCGCUGCGGCGGUGGCUGCGGGAAGCGGGCGGGUGGCUGGUGGUGGACGGGGCCCUGGGCACGGAGCUGGAGGCGCACGGCGCGGACUUGCAGGACGAGCUCUGGAGCGCCCGGUGCCUCGUCUCCGCUCCCCACCUCAUCCGCAAGGUCCAUCUCGACUACCUCGAGGCCGGCGCCAACAUCAUAACCACGGCGUCCUAUCAGGCCACGCUGCAGGGUUUCCAGUCACGAGGCGUGUCGAGGGAGCAGGGCGAGGCGCUGCUCCGGCGGAGCGUGCAGAUCGCGCAGGAGGCGCGCGCCAUCUUCGUGGAAGGCCGGUCGAAAGGCCCCUACGCCGCGCGUGAUGAGAAGGACGCCGUGGCGUCCGGAGCGCGCCGGCCCGUGCUGGUGGCGGCCUCCGUCGGGAGCUACGGGGCGUACCUCGCGGACGGCUCCGAGUACACUGGGGAUUAUGGCAGAUCCGUCACCAAGGAAGCGCUCAAGAACUUCCACAGGAGGCGGCUCCAGGUGCUGGCGGACGCAGGGCCGGAUCUCAUCGCCUUCGAGACCAUCCCAAAUAAGCUGGAAGCACAGGCUUACGCUGAGCUGCUGGAGGAGAACGACAUCAGGAUUCCCGCCUGGUUCUCCUUCACCUCCAAGGACGGGGCCAGCGCGGCGAGCGGUGACCCCAUCACCGAGUGCGCCGCCGUCGCCGACUCCUGCAGGAGGGUGGCCGCCGUCGGGAUAAACUGCACCGUUCCAAGGCUGAUCAAUGGCCUGAUCCUCUCCAUCAGCAAGGUGACGAGCAAGCCGAUCGUGGUGUACCCCAACACCGGGGAGACGUACGUGGCCGAGACCAAGGAGUGGGUGGACUCGGCUGGUGCUGGUGCUGGUGGUGGUGGUGCGCCGGGGACGGACUUCGUGUCGUGCGUCGGCAAGUGGAGGCAGGCGGGAGCUUCGCUGGUGGGAGGGUGCUGCAGGACGGCCCCGGCGACGGUGAGGGCCAUCUCACGGGCGCUGCGAGAGGCGGAUGCCGCCGAUACCGACGAUGAGUUCCCUGCAGUGGCCGUGCUGUAGAGACAGUCGUCACCCUUUCUCAGUCCAUCGACAAGAUUUAGCUGAAGUAAACGUGCAUGUAAAUCGUUCUCAUGGCCAUGUUGUGAUGUAAAUAGUUCUCAUGGCUCAGGAAGCUUUGGUUGUUUGAUCUUUUAGUCGUACUAGGAUAAUGCCCGUGCUAGUAUAAUGUCCGGGCGUUCCCACGGAUCAUGAAUAUUUUUUUAUCAAUUGCAAAUAUAAUUACAAUGCA